AUGAAGACAAAGGUUAUAUUUACUAUUUUAUUUUUCACUCUAGUGGCGAUCUUGGGCUCCAACGCCGAAAGUGACACAACCACUGAAGCCUCCGAAACCACGACAGCAUAUCCGCCAGCUCCAAAAUGGUCUUGGACGGAAUUCAUCCGGGCUUUAAACGGCAGCGGUAGUGGAAACAAGUUCUACUUCUUUUUCUAG